AUGGCGGGCAAGCCCAAGGUUUUGCUCCUGGGCAAGAUUGAACACGCCCACGAUGCGUGGUCAACCAUUUCCGACAUCGCGCACGUUGUCGUCCCCAAGGCCACCAGCCGCGACGAGUUCCUAGCCGAGUGCAAGUCGGGCGCCUUCGACGGCGUCACCGUCGCCUACCGCACCUUUGACUCGGUCGCCAUCACCGGCAGAGUCGACGCCGAGUUCCUGGACGCGGCGCCAAAGAGCCUCAAGUUCAUCUGCCACAACGGCGCUGGCUACGACCAGGUCGACGUCGCCGCCUGCACCGCCCGCAAAGUCCGCGUCUCCAACACCCCCACGGCCGUCGACGACGCCACCGCAGACAUCACCAUCUGGCUCCUCAUCGGCGCCCUGCGCAACCUCCCCACCUCCAUGGCUGCCCUGCGCGCUGGCACCUGGCGCGGCAAGUCCCUCCCCGCCCUUGGCCACGACCCCCAGGGCAAGAUCCUGGGUAUCCUGGGCAUGGGCGGCAUCGGCCGCAACGUCGCCGCAAAGGCCCGCGCCUUCGGCAUGAAAAUUCGCUACCACAAUCGCUCGCGCCUGAGCCCCGACCUCGAGGAUGGUGCCGAGUAUGUCGACUUUGACACGCUGCUCAAGGAGAGCGACGUGCUCAGCCUGAAUCUCCCUCUCAACUCGAAAACUCGCCACACAAUCUCCGCCCCCCAAUUCGCCAUGAUGAAGCCCGGCAUCGUCAUCGUCAACACAGCCCGCGGCGCCGUCAUGGACGAGGCCGCCCUCGUCGACGCCCUCGCCUCGGGCCAGGUCGCCAGCGCCGGCCUCGACGUCUACGAAAACGAGCCCGAGGUCCACCAGGGUCUGCUCGCAAACGACAGCGUCCUCCUCGUCCCGCACAUGGGCACCUGGACCACAGAGACGCAGACAAAGAUGGAGGAGUGGACCAUCAGCAACGCCCGCAUGGCUGUCACCGAUGCAAAGCUGAGGAGCAUCGUGCCUGAGCAGCGCGACAUGGCUUGA